UGUAGCUUUUGCUUUCAGCCAAUUGUAUAUAAAUUACAUAUAUUCUUUCCUUCGCACCCUGGCUUGCUGCAUCGUGGCGCCCUAUAUACAAGAGGCAAUCCUGCAAGGAACUCUUGUUGAUCCACGCUACGCGCAUGCCUUGGUUGACACACGUUGUUCCACCACAGUUAAUUGUCUCUUUGCACAAUUAUUUGGUCCCAUUUUGGAGCGAUUGCCACUUCAAAGAAGAAGGAUCCAUCUCUUGCCAUCAGCGAAUUUCAACGGCUGAUCUACCAGUAAACACAAAACAUAGAUGGCAGCUAGUACAACAACAACAACAACAACUAGUUCAUCAGGAGGAAUGGACAAACGGCUCAUGAAAGCAGCCACAUCUGGUACGUCCACCUCAAUGUAUGCCAUGGCUGCACUAGAUCGAAGCAUUCUUCUUGGAACAACUCCGCAGGGAAACACCUGCCUUCACAUUUUCUGCAUUUAUGGCCAUGAGGGAUUCUGCAAGGACGUGCUUGAACUGGAAGAGUCUCUCAUCAAGGCUGUAAACUUGGACGGGGAGACACCACUUAUUACCGCAGUGAGAAAUGGUCAUGUCUCUGUGGCUUCUUUUUUACUCGCUCAGCACUGCUCUGUGCUAGGAUUGAGACAGGCAAUCCGGCAACAAGAUGUGUAUGGAUUCAAUGCACUGCACCACGCCAUUCGCAACGGCCACAAGGAUCAUGCACUGGAGUUGAUAGCAGCAGAGCCUGCGCUGUCGCAAGCUGUGGGCAAGCACAAUGAGUCACCGAUGUACUUUGCGGUCAUGAGGAAUUUUACACAGGUUUUCGAGAAACUAAUGCAAAAUCCUUUGUCUGCUUCUUCGGGAGGACAACACGGUCGCAAUUGUCUACAUGCUGCAGUUAAGAAUGGGGAUCAAGAAUUCGUCAAAAUAAUUAUGAAGGAACGUCCUGAAUUGGCCAGAGAAGCUGACACAUCAAAAAGUACUCCAAUAGCAAAUGCUGUACAAUACGAUAUGGUUGACAUUUUACAAGUAAUGCUGGAACAUGAUUCAACUCUAGGGUAUUUAAUAGGCAACAACGGUUUACCUCUCCUUAAUAUUGCGGCAUAUCGAGGUCUGGUUGCUGCUGCUCAAAAGCUUCUUGAGCACUGCCCCGAUGCUCCUUAUCUUGAACCAAAUGGUUCGACAUUGCUGCAUAAAGCUGUAUUCUUUGAUCAACCAGAGUUCGUUGAGUUUGUCCUGAGGACGCCAAUACUUCGCAAGCUUGUUAACAUGCAAGACAAAAAUGGAAGAACCGCUCUGCAUUUGGCAGUCGCAAGAUGCAACCCUAGAGCGGUUGCUGCUUUAUUGUCUCAUGUGGAUAUAGAUGCAACAUUGCUUGACAACAAGGGUGAUAUAGCAGCCUGGGAACUGUACAGCGUCAUGAAGAAUGCCAAGACUAUAAACUGGGUACGUAUGUAUGUUACAAAUAAUAGUACCAAUCAUGCAUUUCAACCGCUCUACAAUUCAAAAUAUUAAUUUAAUUCUGUUGUAACUCCUCUCUACCGUGCGAGCAAACUAGGCAAGCAAUGGAAAACACUUUUUAGUCAAUGUGACACAGCUGCCGGCUACUAUUGGCUCACACAAACAAACAAACAAACAACGGAAAAAAAACACUUCUCAUUACAAAGUACUCUUAAAUUUAUUGGUAUGCCUAUAUUUCAAGUGUAAUUAAAUAUCGGCUAUACAGUCAAUUUUUCUGCCAUAUUGUUUUUUAUAUGUAUCCCACAUAUAGGAAAGUUGCUAUGAAGUUUCCUCUCCCUAAAUCCUACAGAGAGGUGGUUUCGGAGCACGCUGCACCAUAAUUUCUCCUCC